AUGAAAUUCCCAAUCUCCUGUAGCCGCGAGGGAGCAGAGGCGGAUAUGGAGCUGAAACCACAAUCAGGCGGAGAUUCCAAACGGGUUUACAAAGUGUGGUAUAAGCCACUUGUGUGGUUCUGGAUCCUGAUCGGUCUCGCUUAUUUCGCUGCUAUCCUCUCGAUGAUUGGAGACUGGCUCAGGGUUCUGUCCAGGAGGACCCGAGCGGAGAUGGGAGGCCUGACGACGCAGGCGGCCAACUGGACGGCCAACCUCACCACGGAGAUCAAAGUGACUCGCCAGCGCCUCAGCCUGGAGAUUCACGACAAGGCGCAGCGCGGAGGUGUGGCCCUCGUUCAGAAGGCCUCGCCCGAGGCCCAGGGCUCUCCCCGUCUGGAUCCUGGCCCCAGGGGGUGGGAGGAAGCAGAGGCGGAGGACGAGGACUCGAGGCCUUUCGAUUUCCUGGGUGAGGACCUGGCCUUCAUCGACGCCGAGGAGUCGGAUCGCCUCUCGGGGAGGCCGUCCCCGGUUCCUGCUGUGCACCGUGCCAAAUGCAGGGGGCACCACAAGCAGCCGAGGAGAGCCAACGGCUACCUGGGGCGACAGGAACACCCCUCGCAGACCAGAGACACAGGGGACAACAUCUGA